UGUAGAUCAAGUGACAGUAAAUCUUGGGUGUGCAUGUGAUAUCUUAUGCUCUGAUCUAUCAUCAAACACAUUUGUUAAAUGACAGCCCUAUGGUUUAUAUAUAUAUAUAAAAAAAGAGUGAAAGAGAAAAUGAGUGAUCCCCAAAUUAAUAUCUUUGCAUUCCACCAAGCCUUGAUGCCAUUCUAAUUUUUAUUUAACAAUGUGAUGAAAUAAAGUAUUUAUUCAAACUCUCUAGGUUCUCUGCAUGCAUCGCAGUCAACAAGAGGUUAUCAUCUCCUGGCAGAGCGCCUCUAAAGAAAAGAAGUAAUCAACUAGAAAGCAAGGCUCGUACUAAAGCAAAGAUAAUUUGUGAACGUUCAGUGAAAUCAGAUGCUUCCAGACCUCGUACAGAUAUGUCCGGAGCCGUCAAUGAAAGGAAGCAAGAAGAAAUCAAAGUACACGAGUUAAGAGGAAAGAUGCAGGUGACAGUUGGUGAAAUUUCGGAGGCUGAUGUGAAAACUAGACUACAUGAACGCUGGAAAUCUGCGUUUGGAGAUGAAAAUGAAGCCGAGUUAGUGCGUCUUAUCCUGGAUAUGGAACCACGUGGUUUCAUUUUAUCUAGACUAGAUGUGCGUAGACUUGGAUAUCAGUUCGCAGAAAGCAAAAACCUUGAACAUAUCUUUGACAGGGAGUCUGGAUUGGCGAGUGAAUACUGGAUUGAAGGCUUCCUCAUACGUCAUCCCGACAUUGUGCUUGGGAAAGACGAUAGCUUGUCACAGCCUCAUGCACCAUCUUUGCAAGAGGUUACAAGAUAUUUUGAUCGCCUUGGUGAGGUAAUGGACAGGGAAUCUCUUCACCAGUCACCGGAGAAAAUUUACAACGUUGAAGAGUGCAGUCUCACGAUGAUGAACCAUUCAGGGUCCAUGCUUGUGCUAAAAGGGAUGAACUCUGGUAUGGGUGAAACAAAUUCAGAGAAACCGAACGAUGUCACUGUAGUAGUUGGUUGUUGUAGUGCCACCGGACAGUAUAUCCCGCCGUUCAUUAUCUUGAAUGGAAAGAAGAGGGAAGAGUUUUCUGAUGGAUUGCCCGACAUAUCAUCCAUCAACGAAGGCUCAUUCCUAAAAUGGCUGAAACUAUUUCGCAAGCAUGCCGUUGAAGGAAAAGUGCUACUUAUCAUCGAUGGACUUCAGAGAUCAUAUGUAAAGAGUGUUAAAGUGCAACGAUAUUGCAUCGAUCACGACAUCAUCCUAUUCUGCUUGCCCGGUUGUAGCAAGGAAUACCUACAACCAUUGAAUCAAUGUGUGUUCAAUUCACUGCAGGACAACUGGGAAUAUGUCAGGGAUUCACUCUUACAUGAGGAUCCACAAGCAACCAUCACAGAGCACAACUUUAGCGCCCUUUUCGCAGGAGCUUGGCGGAGAACUGCUUCGGUCGCAAGUGCCACCUUAGGAUUCCGGGCAUGCGGGAUACACCCUUUUAAUCCCGUUCCCAUACCCAGUGAUGUUCCUACACCAUCUAGGACCACCGAGAGAGAAUCGAACAAAGUGAUAGUCAAAGUGAAAGAAGAAGAACCAAUGUGCAUCACUGAGAUGCAACCCGACUCACCAGUUGUGCAAGAAGGGACAGGUGCUGAACAUGCUGCCAUUAAUGCCAAAUGUACUGUAGAAACUGAGGCACCAAAUGCUUGUAUGUCUUCAAGUCCUGUUGUUGCCAAGGGUGCGGAUGGUGAACCCUUGCAUUCCUGUGGGUGCUGUGGUGGGUUUACAUGUAGUGAAUGUGACCAGGGUUGGAUUGCUUGCUAACUUAGAAACCUGUACUUAGCUUUGGUAAGGGGUCAGUACUUAGUAAUGUUAAUUAUAUUUGAGUAUCAACUUACAUUCCAAUAUUAAAGGUAAAUGCCAGUUUUGGUAACGAUAUCAAAAUGAGUUCGUACAGAAUCCAAUGAAAUGACCACC